UUGGCAAUCGAUAGCCAUCCAAAGCAGCCCUGGUUGAGAUAUCGAAAAGUCCCGUAACUACUAACGUAACCCUGGCCACAGCUGCGAUUUUUAGCUGAAAAAUUCUCGGGAAAAAAACGAUGGCUUGUGUUAACAAAUUGGCAAUUUUGAGCCGCACCCUCAGCUCGGCUGCCGCCCAGGCGACGGUGAAGCCCCCCGUGCAGGUGUUCGGCCUGGAGGGUCGCUAUGCCACCGCCUUGUACUCGGCCGCCUCCAAGCUGAGCCAGUUGGACCAGGUGGAGAAGGACCUGACUGCCCUGCAGGCCACCAUCCGCAGCGACAAGAAGCUGCGCGAGUAUGUGACCAGCCCGAUCAUCAACAAGAAGGUCAUGGCCACCGCUCUGAAGGAGGCUUCCGAGAAGCUGCGCUUCGCCCCGGCCACCGCCAACCUGCUGGGUCUGCUGGCCGACAACGGUCGUCUCAAGAAGCUGGACACCGUGAUCAACGCCUACAAGACCAUCAUGGCCGCCCACCGCGGUGAGGUUGUCUGCGAGGUGGUCACCGCCAAGCCCCUGGAUGCCUCCCAGAGCAAGCAGCUGGAGGGUGCCCUCAAGUCCUUCCUGAAGGGCAACGAGUCCCUGAAGAUCACCUCCCGUGUGGACCCCAGCAUCAUUGGUGGACUGAUCGUUUCCAUUGGCGACAAGUACGUCGACAUGAGCAUUGCCACUAAGGUCAAGCUCUACACCGAUGUCAUCCAGACCGCUGCCUAGACCCCUAAGGAUUAGCUCUUGAUUUAGAUGGUUCAAACUGAAAGUUUGGUAUUGGAAUUCAAGCGGUAAUUGCGAAUAAACCACUCUUAGCCCUUGGAAA